GUCCAGACAUUUCUGAAUAAACUCCUUAAAUAAGGGAGACUUUUGAAGAAUCGUUAGUCGCAGCGCAGCACUUGGCUUGAGAAGGUCGGAUCAGUCUAACUGUGAUUGCACGAGAAAGGCUCGCACCUAACGAAGAGUUUACUGCAAUCAAAAUAAGAUGGAAAUGAAGAUGUGUGCACUUUUGUCAUUUUAUAUCCUGGCCGUGUGUUUCAUGGGAUACUGUGUAUCAGGUGCCCACAUUGAAUUUAAAGAAGAUUUUAAAGAAAUGGGAAACGUCAAACGAGACAUGGGUGCCCACUUGGAAACAAGUAACCCUAUUGGAGAAACGGAAAACACUGAACGAGAACUGGCGAGGCAACAUCAGCAGAAAAAACGAGUGAACCAUGCUACAGUGAUAGAUGCAGCCUCGCUGACCAAAGAUGUUCUACAAACCCUGCUUGACGCGUUGGGGUCGAUCGAACGCAAGAUUGCCAUCGGCAUUGCCAAUGAGACACCUUAUGAAUGGAGGGCUCUCAAUACAUACUUUCGAUCUGGUACAUCUGAUGAUCUUUUACCCCCAUUCGUGAAGAAAGAUCAGGCGCCUCUGUAUACUGCCAGGAAGACGAACGGCCCCGUAGCUACAGGAUGCGUGGCUGUAAUCGCCUAUUACAUGCCAGCUGUGCAGAUGACCGUUGGAGUCAUGUUCAGCGUACCAUUCGACCAAAACUUCUACAGAAACUGGUGGAAUGCUAGGGUCUAUCCUGGUGAGGUGAGAGCUAGUCAACGGAUGUACGAAGAUAUGUACUACGGAAAUCCCUUUAGAGGCGAUAACGGCUGGCAUAAGAAAGAUAUAGGUCAUGGGUUUCACAUGGAUGGAUCAAUGACCAGUCCAGGAAAGAGUGUUAUGGAAUUACAUAUCACUUCCAAUUGAAUUCUCACGAACUUUUGUUUUUGGUAUAUUAACAUGGUGUAGUAACUGCGUGAGAGUUUGAUCACUUUUUUCAUUGUGAGCACAACAGUACUUUAUGAUUACGUAGCCAUUAGGCUUUUUUUGCUAACGUUUUGAUAUGGUAUAUACAUCCAUUGCUAGUGGAUUCCAAUUCAGGUUAUAAUUUCAAAUUAGCUUAUAGUACACGCAAAAGUUAAUUGAAAUUAUGAACCUAAUUUAUCUUGAAUUGUACGAUGUAAAUUCUUAUUAUCAAUUCAUUGUGUCAACAAGACAGUGCAAGAAACGCACUUUGGAGAAUUUGAGGAAUUUGUAUUACUCGUCUCACAUCUAUUCUUGGACCCAUUCACUUAAUUGUUAACUAUGGCAGUUGUAUUGGUGUCCUGGUUUUUUAUAUCAGUACUGCUAAAUUGUUCGUUAGAAAGUUAACAGAAAUGUUUUCUUCUCGCUAGUUAAUUUCAUCCGUUUUCUGUUUAACGUUGAAGAUCACGAGAAAACUACAUCCCAUUUUGAGUGGUCAUUAUUCGCUAGCUAGUGUUGAUUAAAAAACAGUUGGUACUAAGAUUUAAUUGGCUGUUGAACCGUCUGAUUACAGGAUAUUUAAUCGAUUGGUUUGUAACAAUCAAUCAGCCAACUUCGUAAGAACUAAUAAGAUUCGAGCACUUUGUUAUUGGCACAGUGAAGUUAUAAUGCUUCGCGUUAAGGGUGUUAUAGUUUGAGCAAAAUUUUUCACGGUGUAAACUUGUUCUUGAUAGUCUGGUAUAUGACUUAAUUGUAAGCUUCGAGUGAUAGGCGGUAUUGUAGGAUAUUCACUUUGAGCGCGUGUGCUGUGCAGUACUUUUUAUAUCGUUGGUAACCAUGUAGAACAAACUUUUAGCACAUUUCUUCAUUAAAACUCGCUGUAUUGAUGGAAA